AUGGAAAAGAAGACGAUUUUAAAGACAGAUCGAGUGAAGAAAGAAGAGCCCGGAUCGGAUCGACACAAUCGAGGCGUGAAUGCGAUCGUGAAACCGAUCAAGUUUGUGGACGAUACUCUGGACAUGAAGAUGGAAGGCUGGCAGUUGGAUCAACUGGCGCAGAAAUUCCAUCGGAAGGCGCUCAAGAAUUUGCUAUCGAGCGACCCCGUGCUGAGGAUACUGAAUCCUAAGCUAAUCGGAGAGAUACAAGGCCCGAUAUCCCGACCGGAGGUGGCGACUAACGCAGUAGAAGGGAUAGUUGCGAUCAUCCAGCUGCUACAAGAUGCUGGAUACGUCGCUGAUGCGUUCGAUGCGAACGAACUGCUGGAAUGCGAUCAGGAUCAGGCGAUCCAUGCGUGUCAAUGGCUGUAUGACAAGCUAAUUCCUCUGACGGGGAAGUGCGAAUCCGCGGAUCAAGCGGUUGCCACGAUCGCCGAUGUCCCGAGGGGGUAUCAUACCGGAUCGUCACAAUAUGCCUCGGCGGAAUCAGAGAUGGAGUCGGACGAUUUUGUCGGCAUCCAGCGAAUGUCUCUAGGCCCGAGUGAUGCAACACAUCUACGCGAUCGAGACGAGUCGGUGAAGCUGAACUCGCGAUCGAAGGCCACAGGCUCUAAAGAGAAGAUGACGACUCCUACGCAAGGACUCCUGCAGACAUACCUCGAUGAGGCCAUGAAACGUUUUCGCCAAGAUCAACGGAUACGAGCGUAUCGAGCGAUCUACCCUAACCAAAGAAUCAAGCCUGCUAGACCCCGUGAAAGAUUUACCCCCAUUGUGGAGAUGAAAUAG